UUCCGCCAUUUAUCUUUCCUCUUUUGGAACAAUAUUAUCUAGGUGUGAACAAUGGCAAAUGUAGAAAGUGGUGUUUGAGUGGGAUGAAGCUUUACCUCGGCCAACACAACACGUUAUAUAUCAGAAGCCACUAACCCAAGAAAAAGGUCUAAAAAUGAAACAGAAAAGGAAGGAAAUGAACCUCUGACGACAUUUACAGAGAUAGUGGAGAAUAUUGGAUGACGCAAUAUCUGAACACCCACAUAUGAACAUAAUAUAUACAGAGCGUAAUAAUUUGUGUUGCCUUUGAAUGAGGGCAGUGAUGGACGGUGUGGAGAAGGGUAAGAAGAAGAGGGUGGUGGGCGUUAGGGUUAGGGGGGAGGAAGAGAGAGAGACGGCGCAGAAGCAGAAGCUUGAUCAGGAGGGCCCCACCCAGGAGGAGGUCGACCACUUCUUCGCCAUACUCCGCCGGAUGAAGCUCGCUCUCGUUCACUUCCACCGCAAACCAAACGCCGCCAACCACUGGAGGGAGACACUCGAGGAAACUCACCUCACCUUCCGUCACCCUCCCGUCGAAAACAACGCCGCCGAUCGUUUUGAUCUCAACGCCGUCGCUCCUGAGGCCGCCGACACCUAGUUUUGUGUGUGGGACGAAGAAAACAAUUUCUGCAUUAUUAUUAUUUUUUUCCUUCUCUGAAUUAACUACCUGUAGCCGGGAAAUAGGUUUUCCUCUUAAACUCAAUUUCAUCUAUUUCUUUGACGUACUUAAUUGCUUAUUGGCUCUCUGAACGCUACAAUAAUUGAACUUUGGAGUAUUAGAAACAGGUUUAUCGUUCUCUUUGUAUUA